AUGGUGUUUAUUGUAUCAGCUACAGGGCCUAUAGCAGCUGACGAUUGGAUCACCUCCCACGAGGACUUAGCUGACUCAUUACGUUGCACGGAGGAACAGAAGGUAGAUUAUGCAGGUCUAAAGUUCAGAGGUGAGGCCAAGAAUUGGUGGAAGUCCAAAAAGCGGCACCUCACUAGGGAAUAUGGGCAGGGUGUUCCUAUCCCAUGGGAAUGCUUUAAGCGAGAAUUCAAUGAUAACUUCUUUCCUCGUGCACAGAGGCAACAGUGUGCAAGGAAUUUCCAGGACCUGAAACAGGGGUCAAUGUUAGUUGAGCAAUACUCAACUGAGUUUCAGAGGCUGUCAAGGUAUGCCCCAAACCUCAUUUUGGAUGAAGAAUUGAAGGCUGAGAGAUUUCACGAUGGCUUAGCGCCACGAAUCCUUGAAAGGAUCAUUUUGUCAAGGUGA